GCUGCCCGGCAGCGCUGAGAGGGCUGCGGGCGCUGCCCGGCAGAGCCGGGGGUCGCGCCGGGGGGGGUGGGGUAGGGGACCGGAAAGCCCCGCCGGGCCGGGGUUUCCCCACCGCCCCCGGGCUGACGCAGCCGGCCCCUCCGGGGGCGGCCCCUAAGGGCCGGCGCCCGCCGUCUCGCGCGCACUCCAGCGGGCCGCGCCGCCGCGCACCGACCCCAUGGGACCGGCUGCAGCGCGGGCGGGCCGGGCGCUCUUGCCGGCGGCGCUGCUGGCACUGGCGCUGAGCCCGGGCCCUGCGACCGCCCUGCCGUGCGGCGCCGACUGCCCAGCGGGUACCUUCGUGGUGAUAGCGAGCUGCGGGCGGGGCGCGGGCGCGGCCUGUCGGCAGUGCCCGCCCGACACCUUCUCCAGCGCGGCGGGACUCGGCGGCUGCACCCUCUGCCGGAAGUGCGAAGGAAGAUUCAGGUAUUUAAAACAGUGUUCUUCAACAAGCGAUGCUGAAUGCACGUGCAAGGAGGGGUAUCGCUGCAGUGGCAACAGCUGCUCCCGCUGUGACCGAAGCUGCGACGUGGGCCAGGAGAACACCGGGAGUGGGUGCCAAACUUGCCGCCAUGGAACUUUUAAUGAUCAGCCCAACGGCUCCUGUAAAAACUGGACAAAGUGCUCUGCAAACCAGGUCUUGGAGCCUGGAACUGCAGCAAAAGAUGUCAUUUGCAAACAUGCUUCAGAUAAUGCCACUUUAGUCACUACUCUACCUACCACAUCUCCUGCAAUUCCAUUUGCUAUCACUGUGCCAGGGAAGGAUCUCCAGAUGGACGUUAUCAGAAUUUCUCUUGCUGUAGCUGGGCUGUUGUGCAUAGUGUUUCUGCUACCUUCAUGCGUAUGCUUCAGUAUCUGGCAGAAAAAGAAACUACAUGCUGUCUUCAAGAAAAUGCACACCACACCUGAACAGUCAAUUCAGGAAGAUGAUGCCUGCAGCUGCCGCUUUCCUGAGGAAGAACAAGGUGAAUAUCAGGACCACGGCAAAUCCACAGAAUCCAGAGAUCUUUUGGCAAACUAGGAAUUGGGACUGUCCAGGUCAACCACAUUUGAAUUUACUUUUAGAACAGAGAACAAGAACCUGUUUACAUUAAUAGAGAGUGUAUCAGAAUCUGAAUUUCAGAGCGCUAAGUAGCCCAGCCCCUGAGGAAAAAGUGCAUCUUUUAUUUUUUUUAAAAAAUAAUAAAUAAAUAAACAAAAAAUAUAGUUUGCUGACUUUCUUCCUCUAGGACUACAAAUUAUAUCUCUAAGAAGUGGUACUUGAUCUACAUAUAGAAAAAAGUACUGCACUUAAAAGCAGUAAUAGAAGGGCAGAAUGGCUUUAAAUGGUGGCCGAGCCAUAAUUUACAUGCAGUCUGAAAGCACUUGCUGCUAAAAAGGAGAUCUGUAGCGCAUAGUACAGCCACAUGGGACACUCAUGGUCUCUAUUAUCAUUGCCAGCCAUCCUCUUGAGUCUAGAGCUGCAGCUCCUCCUGGCUGAAACCCAGCAGUUUUGGGUUUCAUGUGCAAGUACAGACAGACCUCGUUUCAGAUCCCAUCAGCCCUAGGAACAGCUGCUACAUACGUUCUUCGAUGCAGGAGAGAGGAAGCCAUAAAGAUCUAGAGCUGCAAAGUGUUUCAUAAUAACUUGCAUCUGCUGGCAUAUUACACUGAUUGGCUUAAGAGAGGCAGUGGAAACACUGAGAAAAGCUGUGGUUCACUUGAUCUUAGAAAUAGAUGUUACUGUGCAGCUGGACUGCACCACCUUCAGUCCUACAUCAUUCAACAUUUGAUCUUUUAGGUGAUGCAAACAUAAUAUGUACAUUGCAGAUGUGGCAGAUGUAGAUGUGAUACAUUUCUGGUACUAUUUUUGUAACUCUGAGGUUGGAAAGAUUUUAACAUCAGACACUGUAUCUGUCUCUUUGAUCAAUUACUGUUACUUUGGUCUUAAAGAGCAAAAAAGAAAACGCAUGCUUGAGUCAUGGCAUUUGCAACAUCAUUUUUAACCUUUUACAAACCCAAAUAUUUUAUUUCUUCAGUAAAUGUUAUUAAAAAAUAGAAUGAAAACCCACCAAUACGUCAUGUAAAGGAUGAUUUUCCCCUCUAUGUGAUUUCAACGUAGAGAACGUUGUUCUUGUGUUUGAAGAAUGACAGCCCAUCUCUCCAUUCAGCAGAAGAUUACGGUAGCAGAUGAUUUUCAUCAAACCACACUUAGACAUUUUGAUAAACCUGUGUACAAGUAAAUAUAAAACAGCAUGUGAGAAAAUAAAUAUCAUACUGGAGCCUGAACUGUGAAGUUAAGCAUAUUUAAAUAAA